AUGCGCUUUUACGAUAAAGUCCUGGACAAAGAACCAAUAAGGGAGCCGCAGCAAAAUUUCACAAUUGAAGCAAAGCAAUACCAUCUGAUCAAGUUAGAAUUUAUUGAUGAACCGCGCCAGAUUAGUGCGGGCACGGAUCCCGAUUGGAUCAUACUGACAAAUGCUAAAACAUAUGAAGAACAUCACAUCCGACUCCGCUACUACUCGGCGCCCGCUGUGGCCACGACGGAAGAACGAGCUAUUAUCGAUACCGGUCCAUCGGACGACAAAGUCGGCACAAAUCCUGCUACCGGAGAAGGUGAGAGUGCU